UGGCUGCCACACAGACGACCAUUCUAGCGUUUGAGACUGAGGAGACGGAGGCAAGAAGUUUAGUGCUUCUCUUCCUUGGUUUGUUAGGGUGCACAGAAAAUCAACACCACACGGACUCAAUUGUGAAGGUGUUUUCAGAGAUAUAAGAUGAAUCUAAACUACACGUCCCCGGUGCCUCAAAUGCCAGCCCAGAGGUCAACGUCGUUCUUCAUCGAAGAUAUUUUAUUACACAAACCAAAGCCCCUGAGAGAGGUAUUCCACUUGCCGUUCUCAAGCUCUCUGGCUUCCCGGAUGCCUCUCCUAGAAUAUGGAUACCCACUGAUGCCCACUCCGAUACUAGCGCCUCACCCGCACCAUCAUCUACACAAGCCGGACCAUCACCAGUAUUUCUUCACGUCUGGGAUGCAAAUGCCGGGGUUAUUUCAGCAUCAUCCGGAGUUACCCGGCAAGCAUUGCAGACGAAGGAAGGCGAGAACGGUCUUCUCGGAUUCGCAACUAUCUGGUCUGGAAAAGAGAUUUGAGAUACAACGGUACCUAUCCACACCAGAACGAGUGGAGUUGGCAACAGCGUUAAGUCUCUCGGAAACCCAGGUGAAAACAUGGUUUCAAAACAGAAGGAUGAAGCAUAAAAAGCAACUGAGGAAAACACAAGACGACCAGAAAAAUCCGAAUGACAUAGAUAGAUCCAUGGAGAACUCAAGUGAGAGUGAACUCAACGAAAAAAACACAGAUGAUGUAAACAGUGGAAUCGACCCAGACUCAUACAUGUUAGAGGAAAAUGAGGACGAUGUUGAUAUCGAGGAUGAUAUUUGCUCGCCAGAACGUUCACUAUAGUGCAAGUGGCAAGUUGUUUUAAAAACAAAUAGCCAUAACCCAGUGUAAAUGUCAAUAUUGAAUCGUGUAUUUUAGGCUACAUAUGAAAUAUAUUGCUUUUUUAAACAAAUCAAUGACAAUAAUGCAAAGUAUUAUUUAUUCGUAUAUGCGUAAUAUGUCACUCACUACACAUUCCCUUUAGGCUGUCUAUAUUUAUAUUUUCCGUGGCUGUGUAAAAUGCAUCAUGUCAAACAAUUGUACAUAGGCCUACAAAAUAUAAUCUGAAGCCAUGUUCAUUAUUAGGAUAUGAUUAUCAUUAUUUUUAAUAUCAUUUUCGAAUCAAACCAAAAACAGUCAUUUUCAUCUUAAGAUAGUUUUUUGGUGAAUGUUUGAAGCCACCAGUUAUGCAGACGACUUACGUUUACCCAUGCAGGACCAGUUGAUUAUUUUGGGAGACAAUCUGUGAGAAAAUACAUUUGUAUGUUCCUACGUUGAUAAACAAAAACAACUUAGCUCUUAAUUUCAGCAUGUCACAUUUUUACCCUUUUUUUUGCACUUUCGUUCUGGUAAUCGAAGUAUGUUGCAGCAUAUGCCCUUUGGAGUGUUAUUGCUUUACUAUUAAAACGUGCAUGAUAAACAUAACUAAUUGUUUAGCCUGUACCAUUUAUCAUGUACAUUUACCGGUUUAUUAUUAGGGAUUGCAGUUGCAUUUUCCUAUAAACUUGGAUGAACUGACCAAUGUUUCAAUUUAAUGCCAUUAAUACUUUAGUAUUAGUUAGCUAUUAGUCAAUAAGUCAAUCUUUACAGGACACUAGAGAUUUAACUAUUUGAAUAGAAUAUUUGUAUUUCAUUGAAAUAGUUUCUUGGAAUACCUAUCCAUAACUCAUUAUAUUUCGGAAGUAUGCCUAACCCUAC